CAGACAUCUUCACGCUUUGCUUAUCAAGACUUACGCUUCUUCUUCAAGAAACUCUGCAAAAAAGCAUUAAGUGGCCAAAUAAAGAUACAGUAAAGCAUCAGAGAAAGUGAAGAUGAGGAACCGAGAGCUUCUUAUCACUUUCUUUCUGCUCAGCUGUUUCAUGGGUGGCAUUAUCUAUAGCCAUGCAACCUGCCGUAGGGCUGUGGCUCAUGAGUGGCACAACCUGCCAGAAAACAUCAGCGUGAGGUGGACCCUCACUGAGGACACCUGCAGCAACUCCACUCAGUGCUGGAACACAAGAACAGAGAUGGACAGAUUCUGGUGGACAACCGGGUCAUACCGCUUCCCUCAGCUGUGCCCACUGGAGCUUCAACUUGGAGAUGUAAUGUCUGUGUCUCUCGACAGGGCGCUAGAACAACUCGGUGUCUUUCUGAUCAAUGCGUCCAAAGAGGAGUUUGACAACUGCUCGGUUGUAGAUCCACGAAAGGAUCAGGUGGUGUUUGCAAGCGAUAUGAAUGUUACUCUGAAGGUAGAUCCAAAAUGGCUGACGUCCGGGAUGAAAUAUUUCACAGUUGUACGCAGAGGCAGCAGUCAUCUGUGCAGACUCGGCCUGCGUGUCGCCGUUCUGGUCAAACCUCAGCGUUGCCGAAGCUCACCUCUCCUCCGACUGUGUUCUGGAAACGGUAAAUGCAGAACCACAUCCAGUGAUGAUACAUACAACUGUCAGUGCCAUGAGCAUUUUUCAGGACGCUAUUGCGAGAACUUUGAUGGAUGCCACAAACAGCCGUGCUUAAAUGGAGGCACCUGCUUGAGCAGACGGACAGCCUACACGAAUAUCCCUCCUUAUGAAUGUCUUUGUCCUGCCCAAUUCACAGGUGCUUACUGUGAGCAAAAGAGGCUUCUCUGCGAUUCGAACCCGUGCAGGAACGGUGGUCGCUGUGAGGAGACUGUUAAUGGAUAUGUUUGCAGAUGCCCCGGGGGCUUCACAGGCUUCAGCUGUGAGACCACCACUGAUGUUGACAGCUACUGCAAGUCUAACGGGUGUCAAUUGGAUGAAGUCUGUGCCGCGGACAAACCUAAUUCCUCGUGCAUUUGUGUGGGCCUGGAGUGCAGCGAGCAGCCGGAGGUGUGUGGCACGCUGCCCUGUUUCAAUGGUGGCACAUGUGUGGCUCAGAACGGCCAGUUUCACUGCAGAUGCCGACGAGGCUUUUCCGGAAAGAACUGUGAAGAGAUAAUUGACUUCUGCAAGGAGCUCAGUAUUAGCUGCAUGAAUGAGGGAUUGUGCCUUAACUUAGUCGGAGGAUAUCAUUGUCUCUGCGCACCAGGAUGGACGGGGGAGUUCUGUCAGUACUUGGAUAACGCGUGCUUAACCUAUCCAAACAGAUGCUUGAACGGAGCUACAUGCAUCAGUAUGAGUCAGCCGAGUUUGCCCCCGCACUACACGUGCACCUGUCUCCCUGGAUACACAGGUCGCCACUGCGAGGCUGAAAUAAAUGAGUGCGACUUCAACCCAUGUCAGCACCAGGGAACGUGCACAGACUUGGUCGGAUACUACGAAUGUUCAUGUCCUUCAGGAUUCACAGGUGUUGACUGUGAGAUUGACAUAGAUGCCUGCUCUCUUCCCAACAUCACAUGUCCUCUCGGGACAGUCUGUGUGGAUUUACCCGGUGACCUCCUCCAUACGUGUCGCGCUCCGUGCCCUCCAUACCUACAGCCAUGUGCCAAUGGAGGACGUUGUGUUCUUAACAACAUCAGCAGUUACAGUUGUGUUUGUACACGUGGAUGGACCGGGCCGACCUGCUUGGUCAAUAUAAAUGAGUGCGCCCGGCACAGGUGUCAGAAUGGCGCCACCUGCGUCGAUGAGGUCGGUGGAUACCGAUGCCUUUGUGGUUACGGAUACGCUGGAGUCCACUGCGAACUCGACAUUGACUUUUGCAUCGGACAUCGAUGUUCAGAACACGGCGUCUGUUUGGGUCGACGGCACAACUGCACCUGUCAAUGCAUGCCGGGAUACGAGGGAACGUUCUGCGAGCUUGAGACAGAUGAAUGCAGAAGUUUUCCUUGCGCCAGUGGUGCCACUUGCAUUGACUUGGUGUCAGGUUACCAAUGCCUGUGUACGCCGGGAUUUAUGGGCAGAAGAUGCUCAGAGAAUAUAAAUGAGUGUUGGUCUCGACCCUGCCGUAAUGGGGGCACCUGCAUUGAUCUGGUCAAUGACAACAUUUGUAUCUGUCCAAUUGGGUUCACGGGACACGACUGCUCAAUGCCAGCUGAGGGCUGCACCUCCAACACGUGUGACGCUAAGGGCACAUCUAUGUGUGAAGAACAGGACGGCAGUUUUAAGUGCACGUGUCACCACGGCUAUACGGGACGUUUGUGUGAAACGUCCAUCAGUCGAUGCGUAGACGGACUGUGCCAUCACGGAUCAAAGUGCGUGGAUGUUCCUCAGGGGUUUCUGUGUGAAUGUUUGCCCGGGUUAAGAGGACGCUUCUGUGAAGAAAAUAUUGACGAGUGUUUGGAUAAGCCCUGUGGUGUGCUCAGUAUCUGCAAAGAUGGUAUCGACGGCUAUGACUGUUUCUGUGCACCUGGGUUUGUCGGUAAUAACUGUGAGAUUGAAGUAAAUGAGUGUCUUAGUCAACCCUGUCAGAACGGCGCUUUCUGCUUUGAUGAGUUGAACACCUUCAGAUGUCUCUGCCCUGCCGGAUCCACAGGCAAUUUAUGUGAAAUCAACAUAGAUGAAUGCCAGUCCUUACCUUGCAGGAAUGACGGCACAUGUUUGGACCUCUCAGAUGGAUUUAAAUGCAUCUGCCCUAUAGGUUUUACUGGUCCUGAGUGCUCACUGGAUGUCGAUGAGUGCGUCUCAUAUCCCUGUAAGAAUGGAGGCACCUGCAUUGACCGGCCGGGUAAUUACUACUGCCGAUGUGCGGCUCCAUUUAAAGGGAUUAACUGUGAGUUUCUGCCCUGUGAGGCCGGUAAUCCGUGUGAUAAUGGGGCCGAGUGUGUGGAGGAGGCCGAUCCUUUGCUCUUCCCUCUGGGCUUCAGGUGUCGAUGUCGACGGGGUUUCACCGGGACCCGCUGUGAGAUCAACAUAGACGAGUGCGGCUCCAACCCCUGUCUGCAUGGCUUCUGUCACGACAUUGUGGAUGGUUUUUAUUGCUUGUGUAACCCUGGUUACGCUGGAUUGAGAUGUGAACUGGACAUCAAUGACUGCACCAACAACAUGUGUGAAAACAACUCAACGUGCCUGGAUCUCCAUCUGAGUUACAGCUGUCUCUGUCUGCCAGGCUGGGAGGGGGAGUUCUGUCAACGGGAGAGCGACGAGUGUUCAUCAAAACCCUGCAAAAACAACGGCACCUGUACAGACCUCCUCAACGCUUACAGGUGCAGAUGCCCGCGUGGCUGGUCAGGUGUGGACUGCGGUGAGGAUAUAAAGGAGUGUGCAUCCUCUCCCUGCCUCAACGGGGCACAUUGUCUGGAGUCUGACAUCCCAGGGGAGUUCUCCUGCACCUGCCCUCCUUUCUUUACCGGCUCCCUCUGCGAACAUCGCUAUGACCCCUGCGACCCGCACCGUAACCCCUGCCAGCACGACUCGGCCUGCCGUGGGCGCUCAGACGGAACCGUUCUCUGUGUUUGUCCAGCCGGCUUCGAGGGAACUCGCUGUGAAAUUGAUACCGAUGACUGCGUGUCCAGACCCUGUCAGAACCAAGGCCAUUGUGUGGAUGGGGUCAACAGUUACAGCUGUUUCUGCGAGCCAGGUUUUUCAGGCCAACACUGUGAGCAAGACAUCGAUGAGUGCACUUCCGACCCCUGCCAGAACAAAGGCGUCUGCCAAGACCUUGAGAACGGAUUCAGAUGUCUCUGUGUCCCGGGAUACUUUGGACCAUUUUGCAACCUGGAUGUGAAUGAGUGUGAAUCUUCCCCUUGCCUCCAUGACGGCGUGUGCAUCAACAUGCCCGGGGGCUUCAUAUGUGUCUGCCCUGACGGCUUUUCAGGUACAUGGUGCGAAGUGAACAUCGACGAGUGCAAAUCUAAUCCCUGCGGAUUCAACGGGAGAUGCAUUGACGGUCGUAACGGUUACCGGUGUGUGUGCUCCAGAGGUUUCACGGGCCAUCACUGUGAGGGAAAUAUUGAUGAGUGCUCAUCCAGUCCUUGUGUUCAUGGGAGUUGUGUGGAUGAAGCUGACGCGUAUAGCUGUCUGUGUGACGUCGGAUGGACCGGAGACGGAUGCCAGAUCAACAUUGAUGAGUGUGAGACUCAUCCGUGUCUUAAUGGAGGCUCUUGUGUGGACCUUCUGGACAAAUAUGCCUGCAUCUGCCCAGAUGGUUUUACUGGGAGGAACUGUGACAUUGACCAGAAUGUGUGUCUGCAGCAGGCCUUCUGUAUUAAUGGAGGCACAUGUAUGGAUGGACCAGGAGCCAACUUCACUUGCAGCUGCCUGCCAGGUUUUGUGGGAGAUUUCUGUGAAGUUGAGAUAAAUGAGUGUUGCUCUGAGCCGUGCUUUCAUGGAGCCAUCUGCCAAGACCUCAUCAAUGGCUACCAAUGUCACUGUCAACCAGGUUGGACAGGCUUUCACUGUGAAGAUGACAUUAAUGAGUGCUUGCUGCAACCAUGCAACCAGGGAAUGUGCAUCCAGAAUGAGCCUGGCCACGGUUACACCUGCUUCUGUCGGCCUGGAUUUGUGGGGAAGAACUGUGAAUAUAAUUACAAUGACUGCUUAAUCCAGUCCUGCCCUGAUGCGUUUUCCUGUGUGGACGGCAUCAACAAUGUGACUUGUGUGCCUAUGGAUACUGACACGCCCCCUGCCCCUCCCAUGCCUGUGGAUACUGACACGCCCCCUGCCCCUCCCACCUCUGUUGGGUCGUGGAGACCCAUCCAUCACGACUCACGGCCCACUUUAGCUCCUGUGGAGAACUUGCAAAGCACUGAGCAGCCAACAGAUAUUAUCUUUGGGCGAUAUUUUGGGAAUUCCUUUCUGGAGUUUGAGGGCAUUGAACUUGGUGCCGUGUUUAGUCUCACAGUAAGAUUUCAGACUGAAGUUAGAGAUGGAGCGCUGCUUUAUUUGGAUCAGGGCACCGAUCCCAGAGGUGACUUUUUCAUCAAACUCUACAUUUCCCUCGGAACGCUGCAGUAUGAUUUUUCCUGUAACCGAAGGGAGAGAGUUGAAAGAAUCAAUACAACACAGCAGGUUGCUGAUGGAAAUGAAUACGUGGCAUUUUUCAGACAACAUCUUGCUCCAUGUGAGGCUGAAGUUACUUUGAUUGGAUUUGGGACCGUAAGAAGUAACCGGAACAAUUACACAUCAUCUUUGGUUUUACCAAUGAGGACCAACAAUAUCUUCAUCGGAGGUCUUCCUCUGCGUUAUUCACCUUAUAAGGAAGCCGAGCCUUUCCACAACUACACCGGCUGCAUUGAAAUAAUGGAAAUUAAUAAGCUCGGAGGAUUCGGUGCAGCCCGUGCCGUUGCUGGGAACAAUGUUGACAACUGCGGAUGGCAUCAUGACUUACCAGCAAACCCCACAGAUUAUCCUCAUCUGCUCAAGACGAAUGGAAACACAUCUGGUAGACGGAUCAGACGUCCCUCAUCCACCCAGCCUUCGCCCGUUUGCCGGCAGGUGCCAUGUCUCAACGGCGGAUCGUGCUGGCCGGUUUCCCUACCCAGCGGGGCUUCAUCUUUCUUCUGCGAUUGCCCUCUUCACUUCACAGGUCGUCUGUGUGAGAAAGAUACAUCAGUGUUUUUUCCUCAGUUUGAUGGAAGCUCUUUCUUAGAGUUAGCAUCUCUAUGGUCUCUGUCUCAGUCAGACCCUCACUUUGUGAGUCAAUUCUCUGAGGACAGCAGGACUGUGUAUUUGACAAUGAAGAGCAAGACACCUCAUGGAACAAUUCUCUACUCUGGAGAGCAGAAUUUUGGAGAUCAUUUCCUCCAUGUGUUCCUGCAGAAUGGACGACCCGUGGCCAGAUUGGGCUGCGGUGGUACUCAUGUUUUGAGUUCAAUGGCUCAUCAGAGUAUAAGGAACGACAGCUUGAUAUCGAUUACAGUGAGAUAUGCAUUGCCAUCCAUUGACAAUGGACGACUCUGUAGGAUUGAAGUCGCGGUUGCUAAUGCAAGUGCUAAUGGUCAGCAGAAAUACAUGAAUGAGUCUGGAUCAGAGGUGAAGUUCGGCCCUACUUUUCUGGGUGGGGUCCCAUCUUUCUCAGAUCUCCCCCGUAGCAGUGUGAAUGUCUCUGGCUUCAUCGGUUGCAUCCGUGAACUACAGAUUGGCUCCAGAGAGCUGUACAUCGUGGGUGAAGCCAUCAGAGGCCAAAAUAUUCAAAACUGUGACUCAUCAGUCUGUCAACACCAACCCUGCCGCAAUGGAGGAACCUGUGUCAGCGACACCGAGAACUGGUUCUGCGUCUGUCCAUCUCUGUAUUCCGGCAAGCUGUGCCAAUUCACCGCCUGCGAGCGAAACCCCUGCGCACGUGGUGCCACCUGCGUACCCCAGACUCGGCUGGAGGCGGCGUGCCUGUGCCCUUACGGGAGGCAGGGUCUCCUCUGCGAUGAGGCUGUCAACAUCACUCGGCCCAGGUUUAGUGGACUCGAUGAUUUCGGAUACUCGUCCUAUGUGGCUUAUCCUCCUAUUCCCAAUAUGAGCCAUUUUUAUGAAUUCCAGCUAAAGCUCACCUUUGCCAACAAUGCCUCCGCUUUGAGAAACAACCUCAUUCUGUUUGCCGGACAAAAAGGACAAGGCAUAAGUGGAGAUGACUUCUUGGCAUUGGGUGUGAGGAAUGGCAGGAUUGUUCACAAGUAUAACCUGGGAUCAGGUGUGGCUUCCAUUAUCAGCGAACGCCUGAAUCCGAGGAGAAGCAUUCACACCGUGCACUUUGGAAGAGAUCUCAAAAAUGGAUGGCUGAAGGUUAAUGAGCAGAAGAAGAUGACAGGAGCAUCACCUGGACCAUUGACCGGUCUAAACACCUUCACUCAGCUCUAUGUUGGUGGAUAUAAAGAAUACACACCUCAACUGUUGCCCGCCGGCACUCGAUUUCUGAGGAGCUUUCAAGGCUGCAUUUUCGAUUUGGUGUUUCGGACAAGACGAGAUGGUAAGUUUCAUGCCCCGGGUGGACAAGAGGGCAGGCCGGUAUCAGGUCGUAAUGUCGGUCAGUGUGGCGUCAGUCCGUGCAGCCUGAUAUCGUGUCAGAACAGAGGAACGUGUGUGGACUCUGGAUCUUCUGUGCACUGUCAGUGUGUGUUUGGAUGGAAAGGAGCUUUGUGCUCAGAGAAAGUAUCUUUCUGUGAUGCUGAACACAUCCCACCCCCCUCCUGCGCUCGCGGCUCCACCUGCAUCCCACUUCCUGACGGGUACACGUGCCGGUGUCCUCUAGGCACUGCCGGACGCUUCUGCCAGCAAGCUGUAUCUAUUAGCGAUCCUUUCUUCAGUGGGAACGACUCAUCCUGGAUGUCAUUUCCAAUGCUCAACAUAAGGCACAAAACUCUUCUGCAACUGCAAUUUCAAACACUUUCACCAGAGGGCAUCUUGUUUUAUACAGCACGACAUCUGAGCAGCCGAUCUGGGGAUUUCCUAAGUGUGUCCCUGUCAGCUGGAUAUGUGCAACUCCGCUAUAACCUAGGAAGCCAAACUAUUGUAUUACAGUCUGAAAAUACCGUCGACGUGACCGGAAUGAGGUGGCACACAUUAAAGGCCGGCAGAAAAGACAACCACGGCUUUCUCAUUCUUGACAAGCAGGCAGUAAUGAUGAACUCUUCAGACAGCUCAACCACUCUGGAUGUUGGCACAGAUAUAUUUAUUGGAGGUGUGUCUUCUUUAAAUGCGGUGUCCACUUAUGCAAUAGAGAAGGAACCUGUAGGGUUUACGGGCUGCAUUAGAGAGGUCAUAGUCAACGGCCAUGACCUUGACCUUACAGAGGCGGGUGCACUUGAUGGAGCCAACGUGGGCGACUGGGACAGAACAGCAUGCGGGUAUAAAGUGUGUUUAAACGGUGGCUUCUGUCGUCCAGUGGGUCUUGAGUCAUUCGUGUGUAUUUGCCCCUCGGCGUGGACCGGUCCCAGGUGCCAACACUCCAUUUACUGUGUCAACAACUCAUGCCAACAUGCUUCUCUUUGCAUUCAUAACGUUACUUCGGCUUCGUAUUCCUGCAUGUGUUUAUUAGGAUGGACUGGAGUGUAUUGUGACCAGGAAGUAUGGUUGAAAGUUAUCAAAUUUGUAGGAAAUUCAUAUUUAAAACACAAGGAUCCAAAGUACAACACGAGAAAACUCACACACAACGAGGUGUCGUUUAAUUUCUCGGCAUCAUCCGGGGAUGGAUUGAUUCUGUGGAUGGGUAAAGCAGAAAGUGAAGAUGAUGAUCAUCUAUCUGUUGGUCUCCAGGACGGCUAUCUCAAGGUUUCGGUCAAUCUCGGCCAGAGGACCGGUGUUCCUCUCAUCUAUCGUGACGUCACGUUCUGCUGUAACCGGUGGAAUCAUCUCUCCGUUACUCUCAACCGAACAGUCAUCCAGGUUUAUGUUAAUGAGGAGAGAGUCAUUUUUGAAGACGUUGAUCCCUUUGAACAGUGUGUAGCAUUAAACUACGGAGGUGUGGUUUAUUUUGGAGGAUUUGAAUUGAAUAGAGAUGUGUCAUCGGUUACAUCUGGUCUCUUUAAUGAAGGGUUUGUGGGAAGAAUGAAAGAUGUGCUCUUCUAUCAAGACACUAAACAUCAGACAUUUCUACACAGCAGUGAAGCUCUAAAUGUCUAUCAAGGAGAAGAGUAGGGAAAUAAAUAAUAUUUCAGUCUUUGUACCUCAACUAUAAAGACUUGUAUGCUUUAAUACUUUAGAUUUGCUUUCUAAAAAAUGCAGCAUGAAGUCAAAACAACUUUUUGUGAGUCAAUUCAACCUUCUAUUUUCUGUGUUGUUGUUGGCUUGUGAAAAGUUGACAUAACUUAUCAAAUCAAGUUAAAAUUGUUUAACUUAUUUAAGUUAAAGUAACAUAAAAAUAUAUGUUGCUUUAAAAGAAAAUACUGCAUAUUAACUAUUGAAAUAUUUUCUUAAUUUUAAGGGGCAGUUUCCUGGACAGGGAUUAGACUAGUCCUAGACUAAAAAAGAUUUAAGAGCUGUCCAAACUGAAAACAACUUAUACAACUGACAUAUCUUAAAAUACAUCAGUACCCUUUGUUUUGCCUCAAAAUGCACAUAAGUAAUGUGUUUAGUAAGGCAUGCUUGUUAAAACUAGUUAUAUUUCCUAGUUAAAUUAAAGGACAA